AAUAGCCUGACAUAUAAACGCCCAAGCGUUGAUUUCUUGCUCCGAGACCCCUCCGUUCUGCUCCACUCCUUGUGUGUUUCACCCGAACUGGGAAUUGUCUGCGUUUCAGGGACGUACUUAGUUUGAAAUGGCACCAAAGAAGGACCCUAAAGCUCCAGCCAAGAAGGCCGAGCCCGCACCCGCACCCGCACCGGCACCAGAACCAGCGCCUGCUCCAGCUAAGGCUCCUGCCAUCGACCUGUCAGCCGUCAAGAUAGAAUUCAGCGCAGACCAGGUUGACGACUACAGAGAGGCCUUCGGUCUGUUUGACAGGGUGGGUGACAACAAGGUGGCUUACAACCAGAUCGCCGACAUCAUGCGCGCUCUGGGACAGAAUCCCACCAACAAGGAGGUGAACAAACUGCUGGGGAUGCCCACUGCUGAGGACAUGGCCAACAAGAGAAUAGAGUUUGAGACCUUCCUGCCAAUGCUCCAGACCAUCAUCAACAGCCCGAACAAAGCUGGGUUUGAGGACUACGUUGAGGGUCUGCGUGUCUUUGACAAAGAGGGCAACGGCACAGUGAUGGGCGCUGAGCUCCGUAUUGUCCUGUCAACACUGGGAGAGAAGAUGAGUGAGGCUGAGAUCGAAGCUCUCAUGGUAGGACAGGAGGAUGAGAAUGGCUGCAUCAACUAUGAGGCCUUUGUCAAGCACAUCAUGUCUGUGUAAGGACCGUGCCACUGCAGCAGUGAGCGUUGAAUUCUGCAGACCCCAUGGUGUCGCGACAUCCACUCGCUGUUUCCUGAAUUAUCUGUGGAAGCAGGAGGAACAAAGGACUAAGAGAUGUCAUUUCCUGAACCCUAUUUUCUUUUGUCCUACACAUUUUUUCCUCUUUUGUCUAAAUGGUGCUUUGUUUUUUUUUUCUUUUUUUCCUUUCUCUCUUGCUCCUCCUGCUACUCGGAAAGCAAUAACUAUUUCCCAAGAGGUGCUUCCGCCCUCAUUUUCAUCCAAGUACCGUGGUCUCAUUGGGGUUUUUGUUAUUACAGAGGAACAGUGAUAGAGGGGGGUGGUGGAAUAAUGAUGAGCGCUCCCCCCUCGCUUGUUGUCUGGUUGGCUGCCAGUCAGGUGACUGGUUUGGCCCAGGACUGGCCAUCAAAAUGAAUCCACCCUUCGCCCGACCCAUCCCUGAGUCUUAAGAUGUAUCCGCUGCCAUUUCACAAUAAAUUUUUCACACUCCCAUUUUA